UGUAUUACCAGCAGGAGGAGUCGCAAACAGCAGUUUCCUUAAUGUGGAUCCAGAAGUAGGAGUUCGGAGUUGGAAGGGGCGUUUGUUGAAACAACAUAUAAGAACAGAAGUGUCAGUGUAGCUAUCAGGACCUUCGCAGUUUCUUCACCGAGUUGUCCACCGGCAAGGGACAUGCAGGAUGCAACACGCCUUCGUUGUUACAAGAGGAGCUAGAAGCAGCUCGAUUCAGUCAUCAUUCCCUCCUGACGUCAUUACAGCAUGAACAGCACAACUUAUGCAGAUUCAGAACCGGGUGCCCGUAUAAGCGCGGAUCCCGGGCCUGGUCCUGAUGUCUUCUGCAAGCUGUGCCUCAGCAAGCACACACUUGCACUCACCACAACGCUGCGCAGCUGCAGGUGCAUCUUCUGUACAACUUGUCUGCAGCAGUAUGUUCAGCUAGCUAUCAAGGAGGGCGGGGGUGAACCUGUCACCUGUCCAGAUAUGGAUUGCAGAAACAUGGGCGUGUUGCUAGACACGGAGAUAGAUGACUUGGCUUCUGCGGAUCAAGUGGAGAUGUAUCAGCGUUUAAAGUUUGAGAGAGGUGUGAGCCUGGACCCAAGUAAAACCUGGUGCCCGCUGUUCGACUGCCAGGCUGUGUGCACAGUGCAGCUGAGUUCUGAAGGCCAGGCCGUCGCUGUGCUUUGUCCCACUUGUCACGCCAUCUUCUGUUCCGAGUGCAAGGUACCAUGGCAGGGAGGCCACACCUGUGCCGAGCUGCAGCCAAUGAUGUCACACUCUAAUGAAAGCAGCCACUCCGAGCUGCCCAUCAAACAGUGUCCAAAGUGUGGCGUCUAUAUCGAGAGGAACCAGGGCUGUGCACAGAUGGUGUGCAAAUGCUGCAAGCACAUAUUCUGUUGGCAUUGCCUGCAAAAUUUAAAAGGCGAUAUUUUCCUCAGGCAUUACGAUAAGGGGUCAUGCAGAAACAAACUCGGCCACUCAAGAGCCAUGCUUAUGUGGGGCAGAACCAAGGUGGUGGGUCUCCUUGUGGGGGUCACCAUUGUGGUGCUGGUAACUUCUCCUCUCCUCCUGCUGGCCUCACCAUAUGUGUGCUGCAUAUGCAAUCCACGAACAGCGCAGAAAAAUAAGAAUAAGAAGAAGACACAGAAAAAGAAGACAGGCAUUGGCCAACCAGACUCCACCACAUCCGAUCACCUUCAUGCAUAUGCAGGAUUUUGGCCAUGAUAGUGAUGUCAUCAACAAGUCGACAUAAUCGGUAUGAGAACCAUGCUCUGGUGUGUUUCAAUGUUGGCAGUAGAUGUGUGAGAUUGCUUCUUCUUGCACAUGCACUUCAAUCCCUCCCAUUAUGUGCCAAAAGAGAGAAGUUACUGUAGAUACUCAAGUGCCUGAGACUACUGUGCCUGCUGAUGACUUGGGUUCGUUUAUUCAAUUCAUUUAGCAUCAAAACAAUUAAUAACUUUCACUAUGAUUUGAAAAAAAAAAAGGUACUUUGAUAAUGCAAAAGAGUACACUAUCAUUUGUGUAAGACAAGUCAGG